AUGACGCUGCGGCUGGCGCGGAGGCGGUGGAGCCGGGCCGGAGCCAUGUCAGCGGGUGGUGGAGGGCAGCGCGACGCUGGGGCCGCUGGCGGGCGCCGCAGUAAGUGGGACCAGCCCGGCCCGGCCCCCGCCUUCCUUCUCCCUGGCACGGCGCCGCUGCCCGGGCGCCCCUUUCCCGGCGGCGGAGAUGGCGGCUCCUCUGUGGCGGGCUCCGAGAGCUCCGCAGCCCCCUCGGGAGCGCUGGAUGCGGCCGCGGCCGUGGCCGCGAAAAUCAACGCGAUGUUAAUGGCCAAAGGGAAACUGAAGCCGGCGCCCAGCACGGCGGACAAGCUGCAGGCUCUGGGAAAAGGUCCGGCUACAAGUAAAAGCAAAGAUGACCUUGUGGUGGCAGAGGUAGAAAUCAAUGAUGUCCCCCUCACAUGCAGAAACCUGCUGACAAGAGGACAGACUCAGGAUGAGAUAAGUCGACUGAGUGGAGCAGCUGUUUCUACUCGAGGGAGAUUCAUGACUGCAGAAGAGAAAGCAAAAGUGGGACCCGGAGAUCGUCCUUUGUAUCUUCAUGUCCAGGGUCAGACACGGGAAUUGGUUGACAGAGCUGUUAACCGAAUUAAAGAGAUAAUUACUAAUGGAGUAGUGAAAGCAGCCACAGGUUCUAGUCCGACAUUCAACGGAGCUACGGUUACUGUCUAUCACCAGCCAGCCCCUAUUACUCAGUUGUCUCCAGCAGUUGGCCAAAAACCUCCAUUCCAGUCAGGGAUGCAUUAUGUUCAGGACAAGUUAUUUGUUGGUCUGGAACAUGCUGUACCUACAUUUAAUGUGAAGGAGAAGGUGGAAGGGCCUGGUUGUUCCUACUUGCAGCACAUUCAAAUUGAAACGGGUGCCAAAGUCUUUCUUCGUGGGAAAGGCUCAGGUUGCAUAGAACCAGCAUCAGGCAGAGAAGCUUUUGAACCCAUGUACAUCUACAUCAGUCACCCAAAGCCAGAAGGUUUGGCAGCUGCUAAAAAGCUGUGUGAGAAUCUGUUGCAAACCGUUCAUGCUGAAUACUCCCGAUUUGUGAAUCAGAUAACCACUGCAGUACCCUUAGCAGGCUUCACACAGCCUGCCGCUAUAAAUAGCGUACCUUCCCAGCCAUCGUAUUACCCUUCCAAUGGGUAUCAGUCUGGUUAUCCUGUUGUUCCCCCUCCUCAACAACCAGUUCAGCCACCAUAUGGUGUACCAGGCAUAGUACCACCUGCAGUGCCAUUGGCACCUGGAGUCUUAACAACACUACCUACAGGAGUUCCGCCUGUGCCGACACAGUAUCCAAUAUCUCAAGUACAGCCUCCAGCCAGCACUGGCCAGAGUCCACUGAGUGGUCCUUUUCUUCCUGCUGCCCCAGUAAAAACAACUGUGCCGACUGGUACGCAGCCACAAGUCCAACCCCAUCCCCAAGGUCAAAAGAGACGCUUCACUGAGGAACUACCGGAUGAGAGAGAGUCGGGACUGCUGGGAUAUCAGCAUGGACCCAUUCAUAUGACUAAUUUAGGUACAGGCUUCUCCAGUCAGAGUGAAAUCGAUGGAGCCGGAUCGAAGCCAGCAAGUUCCUCAGGAAAGGAGAGAGAGAGGGACAGGCAGUUGAUGCCUCCGCCAGCUUUUCCUGUCACUGGGAUGAAAUCGGAAUCUGAAGAAAGAAAUGGUGCGGGGUCUUUACCAGGCAACCAUGAUCAUCAAGCUAAGAAGAUGAAAACUGCAGAAAAGGGCUUUGGAUUAGUGGCAUAUGCUGGAGAUUCAUCGGAUGAAGAGGAGGAACAUGGUGGCCAUAAAAACGCAAGUACUUUUUCACAGGGAUGGAGUUUGGGAUACCAGUACCCUUCCUCACAACAGCGAGCUAAACAACAGAUGCCAUUUUGGAUGGCACCGUAAAACCUGCAGAAGAGUUUUCAUUCAUCUUUUUUUUUUUUUCCCCCCUCUAGCAAUAAUGCAUGUAUAUUACAAAAUGAACUUUGCAAAUAUGCAUUGUUUUUACAUUUGCAGAAGCUAAAGGUUCAGUACUCCCCCUUGAAAGGGCUCCAUUAUUUUUAAAAUCCUUCUUUCUGCAGUGAAUUUGUCAACUAAAAGAAUAUUUGAAAUAGUAUUCUGACAGGGCUAGUCCCUUAUACAAUGGGGGAAGUACUGUAAAGAGAAACUAGGGAAGCCUGUGGGUCCGCAUUUCCCAUUUUUCCAGGAUAACUUAAAAAUGGAAAGAGUCAGUCAUGCUGACUUCAUUCUACACCUCGUGUUUGUGUCUUAUUGAGCGUUCCUACUGUCAGCCUGCAUCUGCAGUCCCGUUGAGCUCAUGGUGACCCCGGCUUCAAUGUUUGGACUUUCAACAAAGGAAUACACAGUAGUUCUGCAAAACUUGGGGAUCGCAUUUCCUAAAACUCGUCAUUUGUUUUUACUUUAAGCAUCUCCUGUAACUCAGCACUGUUUUUUCUUUAAAAUGUGGUUUUACUAACCCCACAACUUCUCGUUCUAGCCAAACCUCGGGGCGGGGGGAUGCUCGGUUUUUUUGGGUGGGUUCAUCUGAAAGCUAAUCCCCAGCUGGACUUGGCGCUGUAGCGCUGGCACUUCAUCUUCUCCCAUCACCCCUCUGCAUUUCGUUCCCAUUCAGCAGUUCGGACGGAACCCCUUCUCCUGAGGUUCGCCCCCAUCUCUUAAUCUGUCAUUCGAUUCUACCCCUUCUGUUUCACGGCGAUUUAACAAAGAAAAGGCAGGCAGCAGCCGGGUCCACGCAGCGCCGGGACCCCAGCGCAGGCCUCGCUCUUGCCGUGAAGCGCGGAACUGGAACCCGGGAAUGAGUUGUUGGGUUGUUGAUGGACGCGAACUGCACCACGGGCUUUCUUGGCGGGCGGGCUGUUGCAGAAAGAACUCUCGUACGGAGAGCAGCGACGCGCGGGACCGCGACGAGGUGCUGCUCGGCUUUCCCCGGGGGAGAAGUGGUUUUAAAAACGGGGCUGUGUGUGGCUGUUGCACACGGAAAGACCUUGCUGGCUCCCUUGUACAAACACUGUCUUUCCUACCUGUUGUAAAUAAUUAGAACCGUACUUUCAUUAUAA